GCCCCAACAUAAUGAAACUUCCAGCAAUGGAAUACAGCACAAUACAACUGAAAAUUCCAUACAACUGGGAAAACAUCACAGUCUUCCAGGUGAAUAUCUCAGCCAGGAGAGCGUACAAUCAUUCCUUCAAUGUGAAUGAGUCUAUCCAGUUCCCACCCAAUCUGAGAGAAUAUCAAAUCCGCGCCCAAUGUGGAACCAACUACACCAUCACCCUCCGAGGACUGACAUCAGCCGGAGACGAGGAGAUCACAGCAUGGAAUACUGAAACUGAUAUUGGAGAUCCUCCUCGUCACCUGGAGAAUACACUGGGAGAGGGUUCCACUUUACAGCUGUAUCCGGUCCUUGAUGUGAAUGGACCAAUCAGUUCCUAUGAAAUCAUUGUCUACAUGGGCCAGGAUGGGAAUUUAAGCAGUAAUUGUAAACAGUACAGUAACACCCCGUACAACUCCAACUGGAAUCUGAGUCAUUAUACAGCGGCUGUUCUACCGGCAAACACCAUCACCGAACCCAGAACCUUCAUUCUUGGGGACAACCACCAUUAUAAUGGGUUCCACAAUGCUCCUCUUAUCCCCAAGCACAACUACACCGUCUACAUUCGGGUCACCAGCCGCUGGCAGAAGGUAGAGACGUCAUCUUGUGCUUUUGCUGGCUUCAUUGCUCUGACUGCAGAGAAGACAGACGGGUCCUUCGUAAGCGUGUUGUCACUUUCUUCUCUGGGGCUCAUUAUCACAAUGCUGAUUUUGAAAUUUCUGGCUCUGGUGGGACUCGCUGUGAUCCCGCUGACCCCCUGGAUGGGGAUGGGAAAUCCAGCGGAGAAGAAAGAAAAGAAAAGAAGAAAUAUUUCUACAGAAGAUGAUGAGGAUGAUGAUGAAGUAUAUGAGGUCCUGGAAGAAGCUGAGAAUGGAAUCUAGAAAUGAACUAUUAUAUACAUCGGUGUAUGGUGGGAGCUGAUUGGACGGCAGUACUGAGGUCCUGGGUUCAGUUUCACCUCUAAGGAAAUAUGUGAAUGAAGUUUCUAUUGUCUCCUGUGUUGGGUGUUUCUUAUACCAGCAUUUUAUACU